AUGCCCUCCAUUGACGAGGCCAUGGCACGGAGCCUUCGGGGCAGUGCCUGGGAGGUGGUCAAAGACAAGUUUGUCCGGACAAUUGUAGCCAACCUUUCACGACGAGACAUGUUAGCCGACGCAGCGCAAACGUCCGAUGAGGUUGCACAGAAAUCAGAAGACUUUGCAACCGCUUUCUCUAGCUGGGACAACUGUAUGAACGUGGCGUGGUGCAACUGCUGCCAGUGUCUGAAGUGCUGCGGUAACUGCUGCGGUGCCUGCGACCCUCCGCGCAGUGCUACGAAGCAUUUGGAUGACCCUUAUGCUCCCCAAAGUCAGCAUCAUGGAUACCGAAGCGAACCCCCAAUGAAUCCAUCAGCACCUCAGUACGGCGUCACAAAGCCCAUGCGAUCCGAGCCACCUCAGUAUGCGGAAUUCGAAACGAGUAAAGGCAGAGACGAUGAUGCCCUCCCUGAAAUGCCCAGCUGGGAGGGUGCUAGCAGCAAAAAGGUCGAGGUUCACACAGAGGCCGUUGAGCUUGACACUCUACCUCCGAAGCCACCUCAAAGUCAGCAAAGCAACAUGAUGGGUGGAGUUUCAUCAAACAAUCUGACUCCCUACAGCCAGGCACAGAGCAAUUCAAGCGGCUACCUGGGCGCUAACCAAGCUCUCGAUGCAUAUUCACCUAUCGACCAGCAGGGCUACGGAUACCAGGCCCCCGGCAUGAACCCUAUGUACAGCAGUGCCGCUGCUGUCGCACCCAUGCCACAUGAACGUCGCUCCCCGGCCUUGAACACCAAUGGAUACAGCAACCAAGGCUACGGCCAUGAUCAAGGAUUCGAACAAGCCCAAGGCUACGGGCAAAUGCAGGGCUACGGACAACAAGGUUACGGUCAAGCCACGUCCCCCAACGAUUAUGCCGCAACUUAUAGCGGCUAUCGAGGAACUCCUCCACCGCGGCCCGCCAGUUUCGCCAAGCGAGCUUCAAUGCAUCAGGAUGAAUUUGGUACUUAUGGACAGCUUCCUCCUCGCCGUUCUCCAGCUAUCCCAGAAGACUAUGGUUAUGGAUCGCCCGUUCGUCAAUCACCCGGCCCCCAAACCGAUUUUGGCUACGCUCAGCCACCUCGUCAGUCCCCAGCGCCUAUGAACGAUUAUCGAACACCGCCUCCUGGCCCUGAGGCCAGCUAUGGUGCUCAUCCUGUGCCUCAGCGGCAACACAUGCCAGAGUCACACUCUCCGCAAGAGCCAUACCCAGGUUUCAAGCCAUACCAGCCUUGA